AUGGCGUUCUUAAAUCGCCGACAAUUAUCGAGCUCGCCAAUGUUAUCCCUCGUGGUCCUCCCAUUCCUCAUAUUCCUCCUCAGCUUCGCUGGGCCAGCUUCUGCCGCCGGAUCGGCCGUUCUGGGCAUCGACAUCGGCACCGAAUAUUUCAAAGCUGCUCUCGUGAAACCCGGCAUUCCGCUUGAGAUCGUUCUUACUAAAGAUUCGAAGCGCAAGGAGUCCGCUGCUGUCGCUUUCAAGCCUACAAGAGAGAGCGAUGCGCCUUUCCCCGAACGGUUCUAUGGUGGCGAUGCGCUCGCCCUCGCCGCUCGGUACCCGGACGAUAUUUACAUCAACUUGAAGACUCUGCUGGGCGUUCCAUUCAAUGAUGGCAACGAGGAGGCAGUUAAGGCUUAUUGGAGCAGGUUCCCCGCGUUGAAAUUGGAGUCCGCCCCCGAUGGUCGCGGCUCUGUUGCUCUCCGCAGCAACCGGCUAGGGGAGGAGCAGAAGAAGGAAGCCUUUUUGGUGGAGGAGAUUCUGGCAAUGCAGUUGAAGCAGAUCAAGGCCAAUGCUGAUGCGUUGGCUGGAAAGGGAUCCGAUGUCCGCGAUGUCGUCAUUACCUACCCUGUGUUCUACACCGCGGAGGAGAAGCGCAGCCUGGAGUUGGCGGCUGAGCUGGCGGGUCUGAGGAUCCAGGCUCUUGUCAGUGAUGGUUUGGCUGUCGGUCUGAACUACGCCACCAGCCGUACUUUCCCCAGUGUUUCUGAUGGCGAGAAGCCUGAAUACCACAUCGUAUAUGACAUGGGUGCCGGAUCUACGACCGCGAGUGUUUUGCGGUUCCAGAGCCGCAAAGUUAAGGAUAUUGGCAAAUUCAACAAGACUGUCCAGGAAGUUCAUGUUAUUGGCUCUGGUUGGGAGAAGUCACUUGGAGGUGACUCCUAA